UUUUGUUAAUUUUAUAUUAUUGUCAUUUUAUUAAUUUAAAAUAUUGUAAAACUAUAUAUAAUUGUUACAAGAUAUAAAAUUAUAUAAUUUCAAUGACAAUAUUAUAAUUUUAUAAUUUAAUGACAUUGAACUUACUUUCUCUCACUAAUAUUUUAUGUUAAAAAGAAAUGUCUGUUUUUAUUUCUUAAUCAACUAAGAAAUACAAAAAUAUGAAAUAAAAUCAACAAUAGAAGAAAAAAUAAUACUAUGUAUAUACGCAGUUAACAAUGCAUGUAAUACGUAUGACCGUCACAGUAUAUUCGGUCACGGUAUAUUCCAAUUACUAUAAAUUUAUAUAUAAUUAGAAUACAUACUGCAUGACCAACAACUAGAGCAUGUAAUGAUUUGAAACAACACAAUUAUGCACAAUGAUACGCAUUAAAUGUAUUUAUAAAUAUAUGUACAUUUCAAAAAAUCUGUACUGUCCACUAAUACUCGAUAUGUGGAAUCAUACAAUAUAAGGAGAAAAAUUGAAAGAAAAUUUGAUUCUUUAGGAAUAGAAUGCUACAAAUAGUAAUUUUAAUAGUAUUAGAAUUAUCUUGUUUUAUUGUUGAUUCUAAAGAGGAAUCGUAUAUUUCUUAUCUACCGAAAAAUGUCAACAAUCCAAAUUUACGUUUUUCAACAGUGAAUAAUCCAUCAUCUUGCAAAAAUCUUGCUAUUUGUUACCUGAACGAAAUGUUUGAUAUAACAUAUAAAAAAAAAUCGGAUAUGCAUUUUCCAUCUAUUCAAAAAGAAUAUGGUAAAAAAGAAACCAAUCUUCAAGCAAGAAGUUAUUACAAUGGUUUCGGAGUACCUGCUACAGCUACGUAUUAUCCGAUUUUUGAUCCCAUUACUGUUUUAGCAUCAUUAGCAUUUUUAGCAUUUUUAUUGCAAUCCUUUGCAUCGUUAUUUGAUCAUUCAAGAUCCAUUGUACCAACAAUAAUUAAUAGUCGUGAAUCAUCUUCACAAUUGAAAAAUGUGGGAAUUACAAGACGUAUACUACAUGCAUUGGAUAAUUAUGAGAACCUUAAUGAAGGCUCAAUUGAAGACGAUCAAAUAAACACAGUACCUAUAUAAGCUAUUACAAGAUAAAAUAUAUUUAUAAAAAAAAUAUAAAAAUAUUUUACUAAAACACAG